ACCUUGGUUAAUAAGGUGGCCUUUCGCGGACUGAAAAAAGGAAAGAAGAAAAACCCUUUUGCUAAAAGCCCGUAAAACCCUUCUCCUCUACACUACAGUGUGUACGAAAAACCCCAAAGCAGCAAUUGAUACACAGACACAGACACAGACACAGACACAGUAGUAAUACAAUACAAUGGCCAUCACCAUCAGAUUGAAACACUGGCAAACUGCCCUUACUCACCAUGGCGCGUCCCUACUCUCCUGCCUUCAGACCCAAACCCAAACUCCCUCUCGCUCCCUAUGCUCUCUUCUUUCACCCACCAAUUCUGAGGAGGAUCAGAAACGGAGACAGAAUGAGGAGCAAAAGGAAAUGUUUCGCAUGAAUUACAAAGUAGAUGCCACUUCUCAUGACACCCGUCAGCCUUUCAAGCCUUCUGUUUUUUUCUAUAUUGGGAAUCAGGGUCAUGAAGCUAGCGUAGGGGAUUUUAUAUUCACGGAAAGACUUAAAUAUGUUGAUGUCAAAGACAAGGUGGAAUUCACCAAGGUUGGCUUAGUUUCACUAAAAAGGAAGCUUUUCUUGCGUCACCCACUCAAACGCUUGCUGCAGAACGCAUAUGUUAAGGCAGUAGUUGAGGCUCAUGUUCAAGAGUUCGGAAAGGAUUUCACUAAGUUGAGAGUUGUUGAUUUUGGCUUCUUAGAUGACGAAGGCAGAAAAAAAAACCUCAAGUUUUGAGGGAACUUUUAAACAAUUCAUGGUGGAAGUUAGGGCAUGUGUCGGGGCAGAACUCAGAAGACAAAGGCAAAUGCUUUUAAUCUUGAAUAUUGCAGCCUUGCUUACACCUCUGGUUAUCCUAAUGUAUUCCAGAUUUAUAUUUCAUGUAAAUUAUGUCUCAUUCCCUGCCUACUAGUUAGAGAAUAGAAACAACUUUGUGUUUGGUUUCCUCCUAUUAAUGGCUUUAAGUGAUAAUUAAGAAAUUACUAUAUCACAUAACUUCACAUGUUACUAGAGUUCUUCUA